AUGGGAGAUAAUGACUGCAUUAUGAAAAGGUCUUAUCGUAAAAGGACUAGGUAAGGUUAAAAGACGAUACAGAAUCAUUUUUUCAGAGAUUCAAGAAACAGGCUCAAUGAUGAGUUAAUCAACCGGCUUGCUUCGGACUUCCGAAUUGCCGAGAGUCUAAAAUAUACCUAAAUAAGGUAAACACGAUGAGCAUUAUGUUCCGCCUCUUUACUCACUAUUUCAAAAAUUGUUGUUGUUUUGGUUCUGUUUUAAGUUAUCAUACAAUGAAACUAGGGAAUAGCGUCGUGAAGACUGACCAGCCGAUAGAUUGAAUUGACUCAAUAUUCAUACCUUUCGAGGAACGAGUACGGCCUAAUGGGUGAACCUUCUAAGCUGGGAUAUUAUAUUUAGCAAGAAGUAAGAAAAUAUUAUUUCUCGGAAAGGUGAAUGAAGGUUGAUAACUGAACUACCAUCAACAUUAGAAAAUGGAAACUGCUACUAAAACUGACUCCAUGAAUAAAUUCUAAACGAAUUGUGAUCUUUAAGGAAAAUAAAACAUCAAUUUAAGGCAGCUUAUAAAAGACAAACAAUAGUAACAUUCUAAAACAUACACCAGUUUUCUUUCAGAAAUCAAGCAGCCGUAUCUAAAUGUAAAUAAUUUUAUCUCGGUAAGGUUAUAUCAGGCAUGGGAAAGGCUAAUCUGCGCACGAACUGGCACUAGAGGGGGGUUUCAAUUUUGAUUUUAAAUUUCGAGUUCUUUCUUCUGAUAACUUAUUUUUCGCCACGGUAAUUUUACGGUAUGUUUACGUCAAACGUCGAUGCUCUCAGAGGAAGUGAGGGAAUGUUAUUAUCAUUACAACAGGUGCAUUUAUCGCUGACGGGUGCAAUUUAAAACAGAGCCCUUACUGAUUAUUCAGUCAUCAGACAACACGUGAAGAGCCACUGACAACAGACCUCCGGGCGAACCAAAAUUUAUCGCCUUUAGUAUGCUCAGUAGUAUCUCAAUCAACCUUGGAACAUGAAAAAAUCUUCUUAAAGGUUAGAUUUGUUACAGUUCCUUUAGUUUUCUGUCAAAUUUUUUCUGCAGGAUAACGAUGAACUAGACAGCCAAGUGUUCCCUUGUCCAAGUUUAAGUGUAAUUUUUAAACAGAAAUCAUGAAUUUUACUCCAAAUUCGACGGCAUUUAACAAUAGGAAAAGACAAUUACUACUGACAAUAUAUCAACUUUUUUUUUUCAAGUUUACCUAAACAAGCCGAAUAUAAAAUGGAAUGUUUCUGUUAUGUUUUCAUAUAUGCCUGCAUAUUUCAAGAUAGUUGAUCGAUGUGAAAGCUUUUCACGUCGGCUACAGAAUAUUAAUAGACUCUUAUAAUUUAAAGCCUUUGCAGGUGGCCUUGCGUUAAUGACGGAAAGAUUUUUUCACGAAAACCAUACCUACCAUGGCAAUUAAACAAAUACAUCGUUUUUAUGCGGCACCAACCGUCCAAAAUGCUUGUACAGAAGUGUGAACUAUCAUUUUGGGAAGUAUGAAAUUAAUUGCUAAGUUAUUCUCUAUCUCCGUAUUUAAGUGGGCAAUACAGUGGAACCUCGAUAUAACGAAGGGCCAAGGGACUGGCGACGACAUUUACAGUUUGCUAUAACGAGGUUUCGUUAUAGAGUGCGACCUCGAUAUAACGAAUCUCUAUAUAACAAAGUCAUCGGUAUAACGAACGACGUUCUUUAACCCAGCAAAAGCAAAUAUAUAAGAAAGAACCUCGAUACAUGUAUAACGAAACCUCUUUAGAGCUAACAAAUGUCGCCAGUCCUUUGACCCUUCGUUAUAUCGAGGUUCCAUAGUAUCGAGGUUCUUUUUGACAUAUUUUAAUACGUACUAUUGCGGGCCAGAAAAUCGUUCUUGUAGCUAGAACUUUCUUAUUUCAGUAGAGAUUCGUUACAUCGAAGUUGCACUGUAACCUAUUUAAUUCCAUGUCUCUUUUUCAAGGAGGGGGUGAUCGUAGGCUAUAUCUCUUAAUAAAAGUCCAUCAUCUCCUCACUGCCCCCUCCCCCAACCCCACGGGCUUAUAGGAGUCAAUUAGUUGCACGAGAGGAAGGGAAAUCUGGUACCCAGAGUAGGGAUUUUGGAAAUGAAACCAGAAAUUCAUCAUGCACAGGCUCGUGUAGUAGAAAUGUAACCUUCACUGGUUAUAAAGAUUUUCAUUUAUGCCGAAAGCGUAUUCAUCCACUCCCGGGGGAGCACUUCNACUCGUGGAGGACGCGUGGCUGUAGCGUGGGUCGUCCACGCGGAAUACAUUCGCGCUAUGUGAUUGGCUGUUGUCCAAUCCCCCUUGGGUUCUGCGGUUCUAAAAAUAACUCGAGACGAAUUACCUAUGGAAUAGGGUGUAUAUGGGGGAUGGCCUCUCUGUCCCCUUUAUAGUCUCUUGGUUGCACGAGAGGAAGGGAAAUCUGGUACCCAGGGUAGGGAUUUUGGAAAUGAAACCAGAAAUUCAUCAUGCACAGGCUCGUGUAGUAGAAAUGUAACCUUCACUGGUUAUAAAGAUUUUCAUUUAUGCCGAAAGCGUAUUCAUCCACUCCCGGGGGAGCACUUCCUUAUUUAGCCUAAACGGGUAUGCGCCGCUGAACAGGGUAUGGGUUGUUAAAACAGGGUAUAAAAUUUCAGAAUUUAUCAUCUUGGACGUCUUUGGACCGGAAGCCUUUAAAAGAGUGUGAAGGUUGAUGAUCAUGAGCCGCGGUUUACAUGUGUAGUAGCAACAUUUUUUUUUCCAAAAUCUCAUUCCAUGUUAAUUCUAUGUUAAAUAGUUUUAAAAUUGCUGAAAUAUGUAUCCGAAACGAAAGGAAUCAGGGUCAUGAAAUUACGUUUCUUGUCUUAAUCUGGGUGGCGUAGUACAUGAACCACAGAGUCAAGGUUUGACGGCCUCUGUGACACACCUCUGCACGCAAACUUCCUUUUUAAACGUGCUCCCCGGGUUGAAAUGUGGUUAUGGCAUUACAAGCUAUUACUGAUGAUAAACUGCCACUCAGCUUUCGUCACUUACAUCAGACACUUGACAGGGCUCGUUAAGGUUUCACAAAAAAAUCAUAAAAAAGUCUUUAAAAGACUGAAACUAAACUCUGGGCUUGAACAGCUUUAAAUAUGGCCAGGUUGUUACCGCUAUGGGUCUUAGAGCAUAAGAUCAAACUGUUUUUUUCCGGCGAGAGACUUUUAAAAAAUUUCUUUUCGCAAUCAGUGAUGUUCUAAUCUUAGCGUGGGGUACUUGUAUUUUUGUCAUUCCAUUAUGUAUUUUGUAUUUUAUGUAUGGGCUAUCGUUGAUCCGAAACUCAAGUCACGCCCUUAAAACUAAAGAUAAGAUAAUUAAUGUAAACGUUAUUAGGGUUACGUUACCUUUAUUUUGAGCCAAAAAGAAAAAACAAAAACAGUCGUAGGCUUAGAAAAGUGUUUUGUUAGGUAAAUGUUGUAUUUUUAUAUUCAUUGUUAAUUUAGUUUCCCAUACUCAUUAUACGACUGGAGGUGAACAAAGCGGGAAAUUACCAUGUCAAGGGAAGCAAAGUGCUCGUACCCCAACAAAUUCUAAGUUUAACAGCUAAACAAGACCACGAGAUGAUGUACGAUGUAGGCAUUACGUUUGAAGUCGGGCGAAAACAGCUCUUGUCCAAUGAGCGUCGACUUGAAUUCUCGUGCAAUUUAUCAUCACUCAAAAAUAGCUAAAAAUGAGUGAAAGUUUAGUUGGAUUUCGUUAUAAAAGGGGGCCGCGUUUACAGACCUGAAUUUAGCAGUAAUUCGAUCAGUACGUCGAUAGGUCAGUUAACGGCGAUAGCAAGUGAAAGUGUGUUUGCUUAUCUGAUUUCUUGUGGUAGCCCAGCUUAGCCGUAAUGUUCGUGUCCAAACGUAAGAGGGGAAAUCACAGGGCCACAUCAGUCAUGUAAGUUUUUUGUGAUUUUCGUCUUUUUGUAUUUUUUUUGUGCGAACUGCUUAUAAGACUAAGUGCAUGAGACUGGACCUCAAAGGGCAAAGCUAAUAUUUACAAGUUUCAUGUAAAUUCGUACAAAGAUAAUUAGUCUUUAGGGACGCCGCUCAAAAAUAACACUCAGCAUCAAAAGUGAGCAAAUAAGGCGACAUGAAACGCAGAUGAGGUCUGGUACAACUAGCGCAAUUUCUAUCGAAGAGAAUUGGCUCGCUUAGAAGAUUGUAAUCAAAUGCUUAAGACCGAAGAAAGCUCAAACCACGAGAGCUGAACGAAAGGAAGGACCCGUCGUUCAUUUUCGAGAUUGGCAAGUUUGCAACGGACGAAUCGUAAUUGCAUAUCUUCGCCGAUGAAUUAAUUAAACAAAGAUAAGGUCACCCUACUUAAGAUAUCAGUUUUUUUCAACGAUGAAGUGAUGACGUUUACGUUUUGAACAACAUCCCCUGAGUUUAUUUGUUUGGUUCAUUCGAUAUGUACGCGAUCCGCGUUCUUUUUGAGGCCCAUAGAAAACUUGUUUUAAAGGUAACAAAAUGGAAAUCAUUUAAAAAGGAUUUUUGAAGACAAAAUAUCAAUGUUUCCGCUUAAAGAUACGCACACUAUUGUGCCAUACAUCAGAAAACUACCACACAAGCGAUAAAAAUGUCAAACUAUCACUCAGAAGUCGGGGGCCAUAACGACAUUAUUUUCAUUUUCAUUAAAUAUCACGACCUUAAAGAAAUCCACUUUAACUUUAAAAAUUACAAGUUUGACACCAUAACACUUAGGGGUCUGACACCAAACGAGCGCUCUUCAAAAGAUCAUCGCUCGAGGGGUGUUUGUUUGCAAGAAAAAGAUUUAUGUGUUUACUCGUGUAUUUGCGAAUUGAUUUAGCGUCAGUUGAGAGCGAGAUGCCUUCUAGCCCCAGGGCAACAGGCUAAACGCGUGUCUACUCGUUUGACAGUUUGCUAUUGCCGUGCCGGCCAUAUGCAUCGUUUGUCAAACGUGAAACGCUCUCCACAGGCAUCAGCUGGCUGGUGAAAAAUACUGAACUUAUAUAAUGUUCCACAUUUUAUAAGAAACUAAAUUUUUACAUAUAUUCGUAUAUCAGGAUCCAAGAGUCAACUGAGCCCGAGCCACGAAGUAGUCCAGUAACUCAUCGCGUUUUUCUUGACAACUCUAACUGCACGGAACAGGCUUCUCAGUCGCCUAACAUGUCACGAUCUCGAUCUCGACUCUUUGAUUCAGACAACCCUGGCGAAACAAGACUUUAUUUAAACGUCGGCGGGCAAAAACACGAAACAUUUGUCAGUACAUUGGCUAGCAUUCCGGACACACGUCUUGCAUGGAUAGCUGAACGUGCUAUGAAGGAUCCAAGACCGCUUGGGCAAAAGCGCGAGUUUUUCUUCGAUCGGAAUCCCGCUGUCUUUACUCAUAUUCUAAAUUUCUACCGCACAGGCAAGCUUCAUUGUCCAAGAGAUGUCUGCGGGCCGCUCUUUGAAGAAGAGCUUAACUUUUGGGGGCUGGAUGAAAAACAGAUAGAGACUUGCUGCUGGGCCAAAUACGAUGAACAUCGAGAUGCCGAAGAAAAGCUUCAGGGAUUUUCCCGUGAAGAAGAUCAAGAAUCCGAAUUUGAAGAUAUCAACAGUGGCUCUGGUGAUAUUGAAAUACCAAGCAGCGGAAGUGAAAUAUGCAGCGAAUCUCGCCGACUUGGGGUCCAUCGCACAAGACGUCUUUGGCAAACGAUCAAAAAGAAAAUCUGGAAAACAUUUGACGACCCUUACUCGUCAAAGUUGGCCAGGGUAAGGUUGACGGUAAAUAACACAUAAUCACCCUUUAUGAUGUAUUUAGGGUUAAUCUUUCACAAACCGGCCAGAAUCAUAGUACCCCCUCAUGGUCGUGUUUGACAAACCCCCAUAAUUUGAAGAAAUCUUUUGGAAGAAAUCUUUUGACGCCUUUGCAAUUAAAAUGCAUAACUAAUAUUGAUAACGAAAAUUUUCAUUCUUUAAGUGAAAACUCAGUAGUUAAAGCACAGUUUUCAUGCAUAUGCCAAACUGCUCCUAUGACAAUUCUUCCGGGUCUGCGUUCCGUUUACAGAUACUGAUAUUAUUUUUCUUUCACGUCAUUUCGCCCAGUUUCUCUGAAAAUGCAUAGGAACCGUAUACGAAGCACAAAGUGUAGCCUCGUCAGAAAUCAUUUUUUUCUUCGUCUUUUACUUUUUGCAUCAAAUUAAUUUAACUUGACUUGUUUUGCUUGGCAAAGAAGACGUGGUUGGAAAUGUGAGUGCCCCAUGCGCUUCAGUAUUUGCUAUCCUCUUCAAUGUCGCGGUUUAUGAAUACUGCGUAUGCUUAUUAAUUUUUUGUUGUACUUAGGUUUGUCUACUAAUGGCUCGCCUAGCGUUAAUGGUCGAGUUUUUGGUUUACAUGUUUAUUAAUUUCACUGAAAUAAAGCACUUACUCACUAACAAAAACGUUUUGAAAGAGGACAUUAUCUAAAACAAGAACAAAAGAAGUAUCUUUAAAUAACCAUACGUUGAAAACUAGAAGGGUGAUAAACGCCAAAACGAUCAGGCGACAACGACAUCGAAGAAAAGAGUAACCGAAAGUUUGUGAAAUGUCAACGGACAGGAUUUUCUUCUUAAUUUAGUCUUCGCACUGUUUGUACAAUUUUCUAUUUAGUUACGUCUUUUAAUGAAUUAAAAUACAUUUAUUCUGUCAGUGAUUGGCCGAGCCUAGACUUAGUGUCUAACAUGGUGAACAUCGCUUCCGAUUUGGUGGUGAAAAAUGAAUCGUUUCUUCCUUGAAGUGAACAGCAGAAGAUAUCGAUACGCGAAAACAAAACCACGCAUUGAUUAAAAAGGCAAAUUUUCUAGAUCUUUAUCGAUAAAAAACAAAAAGAAUACUCUAUUUUAGAUCUACUCUUCUACUCAAAGAAUAAAAUUGCAUUGAUCACUUUUAAGUAAAAACAAAAGCUUUUCAGAUCUUCUGUCGUAAGUCAAUCAUUUAUAUUCACUUUCUUCCAUAUUAACCUUAAAAUACGCCGUGCAUUUGCAUAUAAAUGUCUUGACCAAUUCGUGAAAAUGAUCGAAGUCUUUUGUUUAAGCGUUAGAUCUGUUCUAAGGUUUGAAAAUUUUGUUUGAAUGUCCUCUUUCCUAAAUUUUUGUCGCAUUUUCAAAGCAACAGUAAUUCACAUGCAAUUUCCCACGUAUACACCACCAACUUCCAUUUUAAUAACGACUUAUUUAAAAUGUAAAAGUUAUGUAGUUUGUACAUUGAAAAUUCGACUUUGCCACUCAUCUGCUUAUAUAUUCGCAGAAACUAUUGAUUGAAUUCAACGUUUGUCACAUUUUUCUUUAAAUAGUAUAUUGCUAGGCACAGAAAUGACAAGAUUAACUCAGGGAAACAAAAAAGUAAACCGCUCACUCUUUCAUAAGCAUUUUAUUUGAUUUCAUCGAACGUUAGCUAACGUUAUAAACUCCCUUUUUUUAAAUUCACAGUUUACUUUGAAUACGAAACAACGUAUCUUGUAACAAACUAACCUCGUCUACGAACAUAAUUUUUUUUAUCAAUGGUAAGUGUUUCUCUUCAAAUCAAGCCAUCAUUUUCAGUACACUGAGAAAACACAUAAAUUGAAUAAAUUAUAUUUUCCUUGCCGUGUGAUUGAUCAACUGACAGAACUUGAUCAAUAAAGAACAAACAAAAACAUCAACAAAAAAGAUUAAAAUAGAAGACGUUAAAGCGUGAAAUCGGUGUCUUUAUUAGGCAAAGGCCCCGGUCGUCGCAAGGCUUAUAUACGGGUGUCUUUUUCUCCGUUUUACCCUUCCGUCCAGACGUAGACGACGUUUUCGGGCACCAAAAAAGGCAGGUUUCCGAAAACUGUUCCCAGAGUGGAUUUUUUUUUUCAACGUGCCGGCUUAUCUUUCUGGUGUGGACGGACGAAACAAUGAUGCCAGUCGUGAAACAGCACGUGCCCUGUAAGGAACGCUAGCGUAUUUCCAUCGUUUUAGCGUUUUCAUGUGAAUUAGCGAAUGUGAUUCGAAUGCCUAAGCUACAAAUCGGAAUCAUAUUUAUUUCAAAACGGGAGAAAAAAAACCCGUCUACAAAGAUAUCCGGACGCCUGUGGAACGUAGUGUCCUAAGAUCUAUUGAGGAUAAAAGUUAGUUUCGAGGGAAACAAGAAUAACCAGCUUACAAAGAAACACUUCUUCCUCCACAAAUUUAUAAAAGUAAAUCUCGCGACCGAUAAAUUCGCUGGCUACAGUGCACUGUUACCCUCUGGUGUUAUAGACUUUACAGGGAGCUUAUUUAAGCAAAAGGGGUUUUGAGAGACGCAUGUCAAACGGAAGUGGACUCUUUGCAUUCUUGGGCACUGGUGUUCCAAUAUUCUCGUCCAAAUCGUCCCUAUAAGAGAAAAGAGCUAAAAAUAAAAAUAUGUUAACGUCAAGGCAUAUCAUGAAGGGGCCGAGAAGAUUUCACUUCCAAUUGACGUCUGUCGCUCAAUUGUUACGGGGUGUUUACAUGAGAAAACUCGCACCGGCUCGAGUUUCAUACCGGGAUGACUUUUUUAUUUCGUAUCGUGUUUACAUUAUGACUGGGUCAUUUCAUAUCACGUUAGUUGAAGGUACACUUCAUGUUGAUAAAAUACACGUAAGAUUCAAAAUCGCAAACAUGCGCAUGCGCUACCCGUUCCAGUCUACCAGCAGACUGAUUUCAAACCGAAACUUGUAGUCGUUUCGCGUUUACAUGAUACCGUCGCGAGAUUUCGUACCGGAGUGAAAUUGUCGCUCCGGUACAACAACUAAGGUGAACUCACGCCGGGGUAUCAUGUAAACAAAUGUAGAGCCAUGAGAGGGAACCGGAGUGAACUUACUCCAGAGAAAAAGUCGCCCCGGUGUCAUCUAAAUACCCCCUUACCUGUAAUUGUUCCUAUGUUACCCUCAAUUGUUCUUUAUGUCACCCGCAAUUGUUCCUAAUGUUACUCGCGAUCGUUCCUUAUGAUACCCGAAUUGUUCCUAAUGUUACCCGCAGUUGUUCCUAAUGUUAACCGCAAUUGUUCCUAAUGUUACCCGCAGUUGUUCCUAAUGUUACCCGCAGUUGUUCCUAAAUAUUACACGCAAUUUUUCCUUAUGUUACCCGCAAUUAUUCCUUAUGUUAACCGCAAUUGUUCCUAAUGUUACCCGCAUUUGUUCCUAAUGUUAACCGCAAUUGUUCCUAAUGUUACCCGCAGUUGUUCCUAAUGUUACCCGCAAUUGUUCCUAAUGUUACCUGUAAUUGUUCCUGAUGUUACCCGCAAUUGUUCCUGAUGUUACCCGCAGUUGUUCCUAAUGUUACCGGCAAUUGUUACUAAUGUUACCCGUAAUUGUUUCUUAUGUUACCCGCAUUUGUUCCUAAUGUUACCCGCAAUUGUUCCUUAUGUUACCCGCAAUUGUUCAUAAUGUUACCCACAGCUGUUCCUUAUGUUCCUCGCAGUUGUUACUUCUGUUAUCCGCAAUCGUUCUUUAUGUUACUCACAGCUGUUCUUAAUGUUACCAGCGAUAUUUCCUUCGCAACCUUAGAAACGAGAAGGGAACUAGAGCCGAAUUUCGUCUUGCGAUUGUUUCAUCUCUGGAAUCGUUACUGGGGACGCGCCAAUUAACUAUUGGCCAAUUUCUUUGCCCUCACGACUUAUCUGUCAAACUUGAUUGGAAUGGCAGUGCGAUCGUCGCUUUUAUCUCUAAGAUCGUCUCACCAAAAGUGAUCGUCGCGAGUUAAAUGCCGUCGGAAACACCCAUAGAUAGAUAGAUAAACCUUACUUCAACAUUCGGAUGGAAGAGCAACAUUGUUGCUAGUAUGUCCUAAUGAAAAGAAACAAAACAGAUUAAUGAAACAAUCGAGAGCGAUCGAUGACAAUAUUAAAAAUAAUUUUGACCACAUGACUAUUUACAACAAUGUACAUCAUUAAAAAGAGGCAACAAAUUGCAUUACAAUAAAUUAUAGUGUCGUCUAAGAACGGUAUAAAAACUACGUAUAUUACUAGCAGUUCUUGCAUUGUUAGUUAGUAAAUUCCAGUGAUUCGUCGCGAAAUAAGUAAAGGAAUUUAGACUAUGCGUAGACGUCCUCGAUUUCGGAAGAACGAGUUAUCCUUUUACCUCUAAGAUCGUACCCUGAAUUUCUUUCCAAAAAGCUUGAGCUAAGAUAAGUGGGCAUUAGCCCAUUUACACAUUUAUAAACCAGAACAAGCACAUUCUGUAGACGUCUGUCCUCCAUAAUGACUCCCAGUUGUAUGUUUGAAAAACGUGUCGUUUGGGGGUAGUUUUAUGAGCUGCAGCGAGAAGAGCUCCACCGAGUAGAAGCAUCAUUUUGUUUGCUCUAAAACUGACAAAUUUCUAACAGCUCAUGGUCUAGUUUUUCAAACGGAUUUUGCACGACGUUCUAUCCAUUGUGGCUGUCUCUGGCAUUUCAUUUCGUUAAAUAGAGUUCUAAAAUGGUGACGUCAGAACUAUUUGUUGAUUCAUUUACAACGAAUAAGAUGAAAAAGUUACAUUUGACAAGAAUUUUGUCCUCUAGUUUGAAAGCUAGAUACUAGCACUGUUAUACUUGGGUGACCCUACACAAAUCUUUCAAGUCUUAGUUGGGUCAAACUUAUGACCAGGGUCUAUUUAGAAGGAUUUGAAUGGAGUAACCAGAGCAUAGUAUCUCAGAGGUAAUUCUCUUAACAUGCUGCCUCUCGGCAAGGAAACAUUUCUCGUCUUGCUCUUAUGUUACCCGCAUUUGUUCCUAAUGUUACCCGCAAUUGUUCCUUAUGUUACCCGCAAUUGUUCAUAAUGUUACCCACAGCUGUUCCUUAUGUUCCUCGCAGUUGUUACUUCUGUUAUCCGCAAUCGUUCUUUAUGUUACUCACAGCUGUUCUUAAUGUUACCCGCGAUAUUUCCUUCGCAACACACGCCGUGGAAUCCGGAAUCCAAGACUGUUUUGGAUUCCCUUAAAUAGGUCGACUCUUUAUAGGCUAGAUGUAUUCGCUGCUGAGGUAUUUCGUCAAAUUUCUAGAGUAGUUACCAUUAGCAGGAACCCAUUCUGAACACUUCCCAUAAGUCUGUUUUUGUAUAGCCCCGUAAAAUUUACUUUAUGACUGUAUUUUUCUUUGUUAUUCUUUAGGCUUUUGGCUUCAUCUCUCUUAUUUUUAACGUGGCGGUUGUAACACAGUUUUGUCUUCUGACGCUAGAUUACUUCAGCGAUAAAUUGUCCACACAGUACCAAGUCCUGUUUAUUAUUGAAUGCAUUGCGGUAUCCUGGUUCACGUUGGAUAUUGCAAUACGCUUUCUUUGCUGUCCAGAUCGAGUCUGCUUCCUAAAAACUCUUCAAAACUGGGCUGACUUUAUUGCUAUAAUACCCUUCUACUUGGUUAUUCUGACACCCUACGACGAAGUCAUCAGAAAUUUCAGCAUCUUAUACGUCCUUCGCAUGAUCCGCACUUUUCGUCCGUUAAAAUUCUCCUACGUUAUGCAAGUAUUCACUCAGACACUUCGAGCAAGUUCACGCGAGUUGUACUUUCUCAUCUUUAUUUUGGGUUUAGAGGUAGUAGUGUACGGCAGCCUCGCUUACUACUCGGAAAGAAACGUGCCCGAAACUAAAUUCACAAACAUUCCAAUCUCGUUCUGGUGGGCACUGGUCACAAUGACAACUGUGGGAUAUGGCGAUAUGUUUCCGACAACUCUUCCAGGCAAGUUGGUGGGAUGCGUUUGCGCUAUAAGUGGUGUUCUUAUGAUAGCAUUGCCAGUAUCUGUUGUGGCAAGUAACUUUUCACUCUAUAAUUCAUACGCAAAGGUUAAGCUUAAGCUGCCUUCCCGAGGAAAGAAAAACAUGGUGGACAACGCCCUUAAAGCCCUACAACUGUCUACACUGCAAACAAGCGUUAGUGUUGCUUCGCCAGACGGCGUCAAUGGCCGAAGCCGUUAUUCGUCGCUCGUUUCAACAGGAAUUGAAAUGAAUAUAAUAAAUUGUAACAAGAAAUGUCCUGGCGAGGAAAAUGAACCACUUACCAAUCACGAGCCAGAUCAGAAUCGAAGGUUCGCAAGACGCUCCGCGCAUUUCUCGUUAAAUUUGGUUCCUAUACGAGCGCAUCCGGAACUCCCCGAAGGAGAUAGCGAACCGGAGGAUAUUGAUAGGGCAAACAAUGGAAACAAUUUGCAAGCCACCAAUAACAACUUACCGAACAUUUGAUUCAGCUGAGAAUGAUUUGAAUGAGAUCAGCGUUCUACUAAUCCUCCUCAAAACAGGCCUGGACAAGCGACUAAUGGCAAAUCAUAGGCCGUAUUUAUACGGAGAGUAAAGGGUCACUUGCGCCUAUCCGAGCUAUCCUGGGCAAGCCAACUUUUCCUUCAUUUUUUUACAAAACUUGGCAAAACAUUUACAUGAGAAACAGGAAGUUGGCUCGGCUAGAAGGUAACCCACCUAGCCGAGUCAACUUUUCUCUAUAUAACAUUUUAACUCGCCUGCCUCGGUCAAGGCGAGACAAUAGGGACUUUCAAAUCCAACGACGCGGACGGCAACGAGAGCGUCAAAAAACAAUAGGUUCUAUAAGCAAAACAAUAACUUUGUACGUGCAUCACACUUUUUUGUACAUUUCUUUGCCCGUUUUUGCAAGACUACGACGCGAAAAUGCCUGAUUUGGCGUUUUAUGGAGGACAUAAACAAGCAACGACGAAAUUUUAUUUCUCUUUUUGAACUUGUAUAUGGUCCCUAGGAAUUCAAUUCAAUUCAAUUCCAGGAGGGUUCGCCUACAUUUGAGAAACUAAGUGGGUAGAAAAAAUUGCGAUAAAUACUGAAAGGACGCAAAUUCACUUUUUAAGCGACGUUCUCGUUGCCGUCGCGUCGUUGGAUCCUAAAGUCUCUAAUUAGAGGAUGGGCGAGCGCUGGUGGCUUUUGGGAAAAGAGACAACGUUUUUCUGAUAUCAACGCCCGCUGACUCGUUGACUCGGAUGGGAGGGUGACCCUCUUACCCGGGACAACUUCUCUCCAUAUAAACGGGACCUAAUUGUUACAACGACCAGAACAACUAGUGGAAUUCUCUGAGGUCUGCAAUAGGCGAAUAGCUACCGAUAGGAAAAAUACCUUAAGCUACUCAAAUGAUAAAAGCAUGACAUCCAAAUAAAGUUCCUGAAAAACCCGUAAAGUGGAAAUAAAUUGUUUCGCCUAACGCUUAGAAAGUGGGAUACUCGAAAAGACCUUGCAUGAUUGUAAUAGAGAAUGACGUCCAUGAUGGCAAUCCGUCGCGAUACCUGAAUAAAAACACUUCAAAAUGGAAAAGACCAUUGCGAGGCGCUUAAUUUAAUACUCCCUAUUCAUCGUCUUCUUGACAAGUGUCAUUUCUAUGUUCUGUCUGGAUUGUUCUAAGACGUCGGUGAAAGUUUUUUUUUUUUUUGUCAAGGUAAUAAACAGCAAAACGUGUUGGCAGCUUUUUGUCUUGGGUAUUUGACUGUCUUGUUCCAUGUUACAGAAAUUGUGAGUAAAAAAGUAAAGUAAAACGUUAUUUACACGGAGUAGCCCAUUCAGCUCUAAGGCUGGUCUCCAUAGGGACCCUGUAUCUUAAAAAAUUAAUUUACAUCAAGAAUUUUCAUGAACUAUUACAUUUAAAAAACCUAAUAAAAAUACAAUACUAGAAUUUAAGAACUAUAUUAGAAAGUCUAAAAAUACAAUGCAAAAUCACAUUUAAAGCCUAAAAUAGUACUAAAAUAUCAAAGUUAUGACAAAAAGAAAUGUCUUGCUCGGCGGCAGAACGUUUGAAUGUUUUCACUCUUCACAAUGUUUAAAGGGAGAUUGUUAAAAAUUUUUGCGCCAGUAAAAAGAAAGGUCUUUUUCCCAAAAUUUUGUUUAACGUUUGGUAGGGAUAGCCUCAUACAUUGCCUUGUGGAAUAAUUGUGAAUGUUCGAAAAUCUAGUAAAAUAUAAUGAAAAGUAACUAUUGCUUCAGAUGAGCGAGAGCAACGUGUGAUAAUCCGUGCAGAUCUAUUCUGUAGGCGCUGUAGUCGAUCUAUAUCUUGCUGUAGAAGGUUACUCCAGGCAAUGUCACAGUAAUCAAAUAAUGGAAGAAUUAAAGCGUUGUGAACAAGUGUUGCUGCCUCUUUUGUGACGAAACUUCUAACACGGCCCAGGAUACUAACUCUAACGCCACCUUUUUACACACAUAGUCCGCGUGAGCCUUCCAAGUCAUAAAGUUGUCGAACACCACGCCUAGGUAUUUAAAAGAAGUUUCGCAAGAUAUGGACUUUCCGAGAAAAUUAAGAUUUAAAAUGCAAUCGCGCUCUUUAUGCCUUUGAGAUGUAAAUAGUACACACUUAGUUUUUGAAACAUUGAGAACAAGAUUAUUGUUUUCUAGCCAUUCAGAUAAACACUGAAGAUAUUGGUUGAUGGAAAAAAUUAAAUUGUGUACAGUUGGACCAGCAAGAUAUAAAACUCUGUCGUCAGCGUACAUAUUUACAGAACAGUGUUUGAUACAACGUGGUAGGUCAUUAAUGUAGACAAUGAAUCCGAGGAUGGACCCCUGCGGCACUCCAGAAGUUAUGGCAAGCUCUUCAGAUGACUGAGAAUCAAUGUGCACGAACUGCUUUCUUCCCGUGAAGUAGUUCUUAAACUAUGGAAGGCUUUCAUCGCAUACACCGUAAUACUCUAAUUUGCUAAGCAAAAUGUCAUGGUCAACUGUGUCGAAAGCCUUUGCCAGGUCAAUAAACACAGAACCAGUGACUAAGCCCUUAUCCAUGUUCAUGAGAAUCUCGUCGGCGAAAUAGGUUACAGCCGUCUCAGUUGAGAGCAUUCUUCUAAAACCAGAUUGUGAUUUACAGAGCAAGUUAUGGUCGUCAAAAUAACUUGCAAGUUGCUUGUAGAUUAAACGUUCUAGGACUUUAGAUACCACUGGUAAUACGGAUGUGGGGCGGUAAUUUCUUGGAUCAUCUUUUGUACCUGAUUUGUGCAGAGGGUCACCUUCGCUUUUUUCUAUUCCGCAGGGAUAACCUUUUGUUGGAUAGUUAAAUUAAAAAUGACGGACAAUGGAGAAGCCAGGGCGUCUGAUCCGUCUUUAUGUAGACGAGAUGGAAUACCAGCUGAUGGCCAUCCUCAGAGACCACGGGGCAGUCAGUCGGAUCGGGAGAAAAGGCGGGACGAAAGUUUUCAAGCAUGGGCGAAAGGGCCUCUGGGUACCGACUCUCACCGAACUAUUCCCAAAAAUUCAAGCAGAUGCCAGCUCCUGAUUGGGCACAAAAAAUGCUUUGUAUUAUUGUGCCCAAUCGGCGAACAGUUCCUCCUGGGUUCUUUUCGUGAGUUCGUACACGACGGCUAUUGUCUCGAUCACGGCUUGUCUGGCUCAUGCACUAAAGAAAUGCACGCAGUCAGGAAACUUUCAGUUUGAUAUAAAAUCCCCAUCUGAUUUCAAAAUAUUGUUUGCCCGAAAAAUAAAGACGCUUUCCAAAAAUACAAGCUUGAGCUUACAACAGGUAUUCACGCUUGCAUCGGUCACGCGUCUUGCGUAAAUACUAGGGAGUUUUUAAAAGAUACCACGACGGCUGACAGCCGCGAAAACGUCGCAUGGAAAAGUGAAUUCACAUUUUUUCAGUCUCUAUCGUGACUAUUCCAACUCGCUUACUUUGUCAAAUACAAGCACUGACUCUGACUUCUUUAUAUCCAAGUUCAUGAAGAGAAUGAAUUUUGUCAUUGCUUGUUUACGUCCUUCACAAAACGUGAAAUUAGGCAUUUUCACGGGUAGUCGUGCCGUUGACGGCAAAGAAAUGUUAAAAAAAGCGUGAUGCACAUGCAAAGUUGUUUUGCCUUGUGAAGCUAUUGCUAACUUGACUUUCUCGUCGCCGCCGCAUCUUGAAGUUUCCCGCCUUUUCUCCCGACCUGACUGACUGCCCCCUGGGUCUCCGAGGAUGGCUGAUGGCGCCAUUUAGGAAUGUGAGUAAUCGUUUUCGGUUUAUGUUAGACUUGCCUACAAGUCGAGAUCAAAUUUUUUCACGAUCGCGAAGCGUGAGCGACAGAUUUUUUAUGUUUUCUGCGCCAAAAGCGAGCGAGGGAGCAAAGCUCGACUUGUUUCCCCUGCAAAAAAUCGCAUCACAAAUUUUGUCUUGCGCGUGCUCAAAACAAAGCAAGUCGGUAAUGUUCUUUUGCUCCGUGGCCGCCAGGAAAAUCCGACCUUGGUAAAGUACCCAAAUGGAGGAAGACAAAACGCCCACUGAAGCUUUGUCUUUGAGUACAGGCGACAAAACGAAAUCGGAAUACAGCCCGCAAAAAAUACACAGUUUGGAUGAAAACAGUUUAAGUCACGUUUCAUGUGGCGUGAUCGGGUUUGUUUGACGGCGCAUCAGUAAAACCGUUCGUGAUUGGAUAAAACCUUCACGAGGAAAAUUCCUCCUGCAAAUUUGGCGCGCUGCAAGGGAUAAAAGUCCUUCGCGCUGGGACCAACUACCGGAACCGGAAAUGAGAAGCGAGGGACUUUGAGGAAGUCUAGGUUUGCGUCUGCCCCAAGAUUGAUGGCACCCAGUAUAAUUAGCGCCUGUUUACAUGUUGGUAGGAGACACCAGGUAGCUAAGGUAAUCCCUUUAGGCGAGUCUGCAUCAGGUUUACAUGAUGUACCCUGGGAUGGCGGGGUUUCAAGAUUGCAUGUAAACGCGGGUUAUUUUUUACACCACCUGAGUUGUCUACCUGACCUAUCUAGGGCGCCACACCUCCAAGCACACAGGCCUGAAGACUCCCCUAACCCAAUUUUUCGCCUUACGUUAGAAAUUCGUUUUAACGUCGGAUUAAGGGGAUGGGGAGGGGGAGGGGGGGAGUGGGGUCACCCGAAAUCGUAUACUGAUCCCUUCUUCCUUCAGUUAUUACAAGCUACUUUUAAUGAGUGUUAGUAGAAUCUUUUAAUUAUUCCUUUUGUUUUUCGCAACCACGCGUUAUAAUUAGCUCAAAAAUCUUGCUCUAUUAUGACCUGUUUGGAGGCGUUAUUUUAGGGUACCUAGGCGGAGUACCUUGAGUAUCCGCGAGUUACAUGUAAUUACCGUUAAUGUGUUCAGUGCCACCGCGAACGGUCAGAGAGAUUCCUUUUCUUUCGUUAUUUAUUGUCGAGUAUUGAGCAGACUAACCUCUGAGUUAAGAAAUAGGGACCAAUGAAAACAAUAUUAUUUCAAAACUGCCUUUUACCUUGAUUUGUCGCUGCCCAGCUUAUUUUCUUUGAAAUAUACCGUCUAUGACCCCUCCCCAGUCGUCUCUAAUGAUUUUUACAUAGGGUUAUCAGUUACAAGGGACCAGCACGGUAACUUAACAUGAAGACGAAACAUCGCUCCGACUUCUGUCGCUAAUAUUCGGAAGUGUAGAUAACUAACAGACAAAUGAUAACGUUUCCUCACACUGAAGAAGGGCCAUACACCAGAAACGUCUGGGUUUUUUUUAACAAAAAACAUUUGACACUUGUUUGAUAUUUUUUUGUGGAAUAUCACCUCAUCAGCUAUCCAAGUAGAAGUGUCACGCAUCCCGGAUGGUUUUUCCGUUCACCAUUCAACAGAGACUUAUGCUAGUUUCUUAUCAUUUCCAGUUCCACUCGAUCCAUCCAGGAGGAGAAGACUGGCGGGAUAUCAACUGCAAUAGCCCAAGUUUGAUAUAUUAAAAUUCUAACAUGACUCUGAGGCUUUCUGGUCAUUUUUCUAUAUUUGGUUUUGUUUUCUUUGUGCUCAAUUCUGUUCUGGGAAUUGCGAGACAAUGGAGUUGUGAAAAGUUUACAAUUUUGACUCUAAAGCCUCGGAGUCAUGCUAGAAUUUUGAUAUAUCGACCGUGGGCUAGUCAAACGAGAAAUUUAACGUUUACACCGGUAGAGAGUUUUGUUCUUCUCCGCCCAUUCCCACUUCGCGUCUCUAAGCAUGGUCACUCACUUUAAAGCAUCGUCGAUAGAAACAAAAUGGUCACAUCUUGCAUACGAACCCACGGUUAGUACUUGGGCGUCGCCCAAAAAGAGUAAUCGAGAUCGCUUAUUUUGAGUCAGAGUUGCAAUAGGCACGCAAUACGUGCGAACGUAAACACGCCAAGCGACGCGAAUGUGCCACGCGAACGUCUCGUACAAGGUAAAAAGCAGGCUAGAAAAAAAGCUCUGCAAGCAAAGUUCUUAAUCCCACCUUUACGAUCUCAAAACCUUGCAACAAAGAACUUGGCACAAUUCCCAACAAUGCGGGGACGAAGGAAUUAAAAGCGAUGAACAUGUUAAAGCAACGCAGGGCUAAUUUUAAUUUUGGAGGAAAAGAUGAUCUUAUUCAGAAGCUUACCGUAUUUUUUACCUCACCUAAAAGCGGGCCGGUUUUUUCGGAAAUUUGGAAGUAUAAAAUCCAGGGAUUAAAUCAUCCAAAAAUAUUUGGAAUUUAAAACGGGUUUGGAUCACACUCAAGAGUUUGAGCAAUUUUCAUGCUUACUGUGAAGUGUUUGCCUUCGUGAGGAAUAUUACAGGAAAUGGCUCUGUUUUUUGACAUGCGAUAAUUCGUUUAGCUAGAUCAAUUUUUUUGCAAUUUCUAUCCAUUAGUAAUUACUUUAUAUUUUGUUUGAGUUUAAGAAGUAAUGAAUAUUUUAUAAUCGUUGGUCAUAUUAAACAUUGAAAAUCACACUGUGGAAUUGACGGGUUGGGUUUAUAGUUUUAUUUUUGCCCUCAGUUAUCGAGAGCCAAAAAAGAUGUCACGCAAUGACGCAAAAUUUCGUGAUCGUGCAUGAGAUAAGUACGGGAUUGUUUCAGCGAGGGAAAUGACAUGCGAUGAGCGGCCACAUAUAAAGUAUUACAGCAGUUUCAUAAUUUUAUUGGAGCUACUUGAUGUUAGACUUUUACUUUUAACAUUGAAUGAUGCAUAAUUUCAUUGCAUAUGUUCGAAAAGGAGGUGAUUUCUUAAAAUCUUAUUGCGAAAAAUGAACCCAUAAACAAGUUGCAUUCUUUCACGUUAGAACCGUAAAGGGGGCAAACUGCGUGCGUGACAGUUAUUUUUAAAACCCUUGGGUUAAUUAGAUUAAGUCGAUUUCCCUCAUACACGAACCACAAAAGCGGCUAAUUCCAAAGCUUUUACGUGCAAAAUGCGUAACAAGACAACUCACACUAGGGGCCUGAACAUAUUAGCCGGUCUGGCUAGCUCUGCCGAGACGACUUUUUUCCCGGUUUUAGCCCUGAGCCGCCAUUUUUGUAUAGAGAUUGGAAGCAGUUUGCAUGUUUCUCGCUUGGUUCAUUCGCGAACCAGCCCGGCUAAUGUAAUCAGACCCUACCUAACCGAUUUUUUCAAAGCUUCCCGAACCCACACACCCAAAAUUUUAGCCGCCCGCCUCCCCCACCCCCAACGAGCAAAAAGGAACAUCUUCAUACGCCCUUCUCCAUAUUAAAUGAACUUUCUCACACGUUCUCUCCAAACAAGUAUUAUCAAACCGAAAGACAAUCCUAAACAAAAUACCUAACAACAUUUAAAAUAAGUACAAGCAUGUUAUGGUCAAGACUAGCGAAGCACAGACACACAUGGGAUCGAUUCUCUGUCAAGAGUGAAUACAAACCGUAAUGAUGAUGAUGAUGAUAUUAAUGAUGAUGAUGAUGUUUUCGACUAUUGGCUUUCACAACCACCACUUCAUUUCAACAGACUGUUACUACACUACCCCUUUACAACCAAAUCAGCACUCCCACAACUACCUCACUACAACACCUUAAAUCACUUUUACCUUCCAAAAAAGAUAUUUUUUGUUACUCAAUAUCAAAUUCUGUGAGAAACCAGUUUCACUGUUUAACAAACUACAGCCAUUAUCUUAGCAAUCCAUUCCAAUAUAACUCCACGCCUUCCACUUCAUACAUCUCAACCAACCCCUAAAUAUAUAACGCUACUUCACUACUGACACAUCCCUAAUAUAUUUAAAAACUUCACAUACGCGCAGAACAGCGACGCCCAAAUAUACCCUCACACAGCAUCUUUUUUUAUAACUGGUAUAUUCACGCUUUUUUAGAGCAGAAUUUCCACCAGAAAUAACUUGGGAGGGGAAAAUAACUGUUGACGUAAAAAACGGCUUCAUUCGCAUCAUCGACAUCAUUCUACUGAAAGCUCGAGUUGAAUGUUUAUGGUAUAGUAGGAGUGGCAGAAGCCUCAUCAUGGUGGUGGUGGUGGUAGUGGUGGCUGUUGUUUCAGUGUUGGUGGUAGUUGUGGUGUUGAUGGUUGUAGUGGUGGUGGAAGUGUUAAUGGUAGUGGUGGAGAUGGUGGUGACGUGAAAGUGGUGGCGGUGGUAGCGGUGGUGGCUGUUGUUGUGGUGGUAGUGGUGGUGUUGGAAUUGGUAAUAAUAGUGGUAGGGUUCGGGCUAGGUUACGGUUAGAUGGUAGAGAGUAGUGGUAGUGGCGGUAGUAGUUGUGGAAGAAGUAGUAGGGCGGCGGAGAUGGUGCUAAUAGUAUUAGUUAUAGUGUCAGUUAUAAGACAUUGCCAAGCACUCACAAAAUGACAUUGUCUUCAGUGUGAAUAAAGAACAAAUAGAAAAAAUACCUACAAUUAGAUAUGAAAGAAAUAUUAAAAACUUAACCGCAGGGAAAAAUCAAAACAAAGGGUGUUUCCCUUCCUAUAUUUAGCUAAGGGAUAUUGCUAGACAAAGUGCUAGUAAUCCAAAAGAGAUCCUGUUUAUGAACGGUCAAUUAAUCAUUCUAACAGUCUACUAUAUGUUUGUUGGUUGAUUCGGCGGGAUGUCUGAUUAGGGAACUGAGUAUCAUAGCAGGUUAUUAAACCCAUGAGACAGAAAAACUGAUGUCUCCAUGGUCUAUUGGUCAUUUAAAACGUAAAACAAAAAUUGUUUACACUAGGGCAAUAGACACUUCUUUUCGAGUGACUGAAGGUUAAUGAUCAUAUUUUUAAACAUGGUUGUCUUACUCAAACGUUAUUAAAAAUAAUAUCGUAAUUUCUUCGAGACGUAUUUAAAACCAGUCUACCUUAAAAUUUUAAUGAGGAAAUGGUUUCUUCCUCGAAAGUGUUCCAGGUAGCCAGGAAAAGCUUUUCAAUGAGAAGGAUUACAGGGUGCAAUUAAAUAGCAGACAUUUCAAAGAGAACAAGUGCAUUUACUUCUAGAUUAUUCUUUUUGCUUAAGGAUUUUUUUCAUACGAAAGAAAAACUUCCUCUUCUUACCUAAAACAAACUUUGAACUUACACGGCGUUUGGAGUUAUUGCCACGCUCCCUUUGUCAAACUGGACUGAAAGGUAAAAACGUAUUUGAGAUUAUCUGAAUAUGGCAACUUGUCUGUUAGUGCCGGGGAUGCUCUAUGACGGAUAAUUUUCCAACUUCUUUAUGAAUUCCUUUUCUAUUGUAGCAUGAGCCGCGACAAAAGGCCUCUAGUGUAAUUUGUUAUCGUAAGCAGACUAAGCAGUUAGGGGUAUGCAAAGCAGCAAAACACUAAUGAGAUAUGACUGUAGUAAAUCCGGCAGGCUUAUGGAGAUUUUCAGACCAAUUGAACUUGACAAUAAUGAAAAGCAGCAGCUGUUUGAAGCCUCGGAGGCAGAAACUAAAAUGAAAAAUGAUCAGUUAGUUUGUACUUUAAUCUGUCUACCUUUGCCGCAUUCACUAAGAAAUUCCGGAUUACAUGAACNAGGUCACAGAACCUCAAAUUAUGCUUACAGGGCAUGCGAAAUUCUGUUGCAUGCCAAUUUCAAUGCAAACCCACUCUGGGGCCACCCCCUCUAUUACCAGUGAGCAAAUCAUUGACGAUAGGCAUGGGAAAAAUCCUUGCAUGCUAACCAACAUUGAAAACGUAGCAGAAAUGUCCUCAAUUGCUGAGUCAUGCCCUAGGGGAGGCUUUAAAAUACAGAAUUUCCUGACAUGGAUGAGGGAAUUUUCCGUAAACAGCAUGUGAUCAUGCCGGCUAGGACGUAUUGCCUCCGUAUUGCCCCUUUUUACACCUAGCUAGGCUCAUUUUUAGGUUCCAUGACCUGAAAUGACGAAAAAUUCAUGCCCUAAAUGUAAAAAGUCCAAAAACGUCCUCGAAAUUUUAGUUUCCAAGCCGUUUAGAAAUAAGAAUUCUGUGUUCUCAUCUUAUAAGGUAAGUUCAUUUGCGAGAUAAGUGAUAACGCUUGUUUCUUAUACGACAUUGACUUUUCAGUGAAGAGUAAACAGAACAUUGAUUUCAAAAAAAGGAGAAGAUUAAUACAAAAAAAGUUGUCUGACGCACCCGAACUGACAGUUCAGCUGUGGAUAAGUCUAAUGCACUCUCGACUGAACGCUCCGACGAAAAAUUACGCCGAAGAUACAAGGCGUCUCCACACAGAGAAAUAUUAAAAUAUAGAAACCUAUUUUAAUAGCUGAGCUUUUUACAUGUUAUAAUGUUCACUGCUUAUAUUUUUUACAGUAUAACAGCUUGAAUGCGUGCGAAAACUUCCUAUCUUGUUUGUUGAAUACAUUUAAAGCACAAAAUUAUAUUAUUAACAUUUUAUCGAGAGUUCCGUUGAGUUCAUUUCAGUUUUAUUUACUUUUCUUCACUUGAUCAGCAUACAGAAAACAAAUGCUAACCCGGGAGAAAUUACAGGAAAAAGUAGUCAGCAUUAGUACGGCAGGCCGUGAGAAGUUAUUUUGGUCUGUAUAAUAAGCUUAAGUAGAGUAGGUUAUUUCCUUGAUAAUGGUUGCGUUCGCGAGAAAUCAAAUCAAAUAAAUCCAACGAACACUAUAUUAUGUCACGGAAAUUUUCUUUGCCCUUAUCACAGAAAAAUAUAUUUAUCUCAGAAUAUGUACACUAGCCCCAUUGACAGUGUCAUAAUUUAUUAGUUGUUCUUAAUCCAAACAGACGGCUAGAAAUAAUUUAAUAGCAUGGCGUAGGAGUGGUCAACAAAAAUCACUACAACAUUAUCAGGGUAAUAGUCUGUAUAAGUUGUUCUUUUUCCACAGAUUUCCCAACUAAAAUCUAACUAAAUGUCCUAACUAAAUCUCUUCUGCAUUGCGGUUAUGAACGUGUUCUUUUCAUUUAAUCACAUGGUAAAAAAAUUUUAACCAUUCAAUCUCUUUACACUACUUGAAAAAUCGUGAAGGAAAAAUGAAUUGUUAUGACUCGAUACGGAGACUGUGUGGGAGAUAGUUAGUUCAUUGAGAGACCAACGAACCUCUUUUCCUUACAAGUUAGAAAGCUUUUUCAGAGCGUGGUUUAAGUGUUUUCUGUCAUCCUGCUUCCUCAGUUAAGCUACUCCCGCCGCAUAACUACGCAGUUGUCUAUAAGUAAAUUACGUAACAACUUUUUAGCGCGUGCGUUAACUGCGCUACCUAUUUUACUAUCACCUAUCAUUUCGACUGAAGAAGGCUUAUAGCACUAACCGAAACUUUUUGAGCCAACAAAGAUAGUCAGCUUCUAAACUCUCACAAAACUACAAAGCAUAACCUUGAGUGUGACGGCAAGAAAUGGGUGGAAAUUACUGUCAGAUAAACUCAGAGUUAAAAUGCUGAAAACGGACAACACGCCCCAACCUCCGAACCGCCUUCAAAAAAUUCCUUCCCUUAUCAGUGUGCCUUCUUUCGUUCCCAGUGUUUCUCUCCUCCGCCUCGACCACAAGGAGAAGCGAGACCCUGGGAAUGAGACUGAAGCGUGCUAACAAACACAAAUUAAGUCAAGGGAAGGAUAUUCACGGUAUAACGAGAUAAAGCACUGUAUUACUAAUUAAUUCUAACUUUUGUUCCAUUUUAUACACUGCAAAUAGAUGAUUAUCUUCACGAAAUGUUCACUAUUCUAGUGGAGCCCACCUUGCAAUUCAAUUGACGACUUUGAAAACUACUGUUGAGUAAAACCGGUAGGAAGCCGCCGAAUAAGCAACGACUUUCUAGACCACUGUUUGAAUAGUUUGAAUAGUUAUCUUCAGAAUAAAACCGAAGCAGUUCUUAGAAAGAACAUUAAGUUAGGUUAAGGUAGCUGGUAGUUAUCGUGAAGAAAAAGAGAAAUCAAUACGAGUAAAUAAUAAUUUGGAGGAAUGAAGCAGCAGCCUCAUGCGUCGUGCUGUGUUACAUGAAGUUGAUUAACAUGACAAACACACCGAUAAGCUAUUUAUCGCCACCUAAACCAUAAAUAUUUAUCCCACAGGGAAAGCUGCAUCAACAUUAGCGGUGAAUAGGAGAACACAUGGUAAGCCGUGUUUAUGUUGCCUCUAUCAUUCAUAACCUGUCAGUUCAGCUAAAAUGACACAUAAACGAAUGUCUCUCGAAAAUGCUGCAGUCAGUCCUCUUUGCAUUACUGCCAUACACAGAAAACAAUUGAAACUAAUAUUCAGCUUAAGAUUCGGUUUAAACUGCAGACUUACUCACGCGUCAGUGAUAUGUUUACCUCCGGCAAGUUUUGAUGUGCUUAAGGUCAUGACAAAUUGUCAAAGGCAACGCUACUUAUUUAUUAAACAUAAUGAACAAUAUUUUUUUGCUGCAUUAAAGCUAAGCGAAAUGAAGAAGUCUCGGAGUCUUAGCGCUGUUAGCGAACAAUAUCAGUAUAUAUACAUAACUAUCAAUCUUACAGUAUAUGAAUAGGAAAUCUUUGGAAAAUCGUCUACUUAAUUCAAAAUAGUGCUCGCGAGUACUCUUUAAACAAUUUGAAGCGAUCUAAGAGGACUUCAGGGGCAUAUGAAAUUAUAUAUGCAAGUGAUAAGGGCAGUAUUAGAAACGGGAAAAAACAGAUGAAAAUACUAAUUAAGUAGCGAUCUUGGCAAACUCGCUACAGGAAAUUUUUGCUGAUAAGAGAGAUUCACAGUUCCAUACUUAACUAAACAAAACCAUUUGUCUACAAUAGCUAGUUUUCUGGUUCUUAAAAUUCAGAGGAGACGUUGCACAUGAAGUGCACAUCUAGUUUUUUUUCUCCGGUCAUACAUUUUACACUCAAGGCGUUCUUAAUAUUGAUGUCAGUAAACAAUGCUCUGAAAGCUGGGCAGUAUUUAAUUUAACGGUGAUCGGUGUCAAGACAAUUACUGAGGAACUCUCAAGCAGGCUCCGCCCAGUGAUUGACGUAAGGAGACAGAUGUAAAGGAAAUAUUUGUUGCUUCGUAAGACAAAUUUGAAAUAUCACUGUCACCUGAGCUCGUCAUAAAGAUACGAUGUGAUUGGUCACCUGUACAAGUGUACCCUUGAGCAUUUAAUUUCGAUAAAAACAGCUUGAGAAAAAGGAAUAAUUUAGACUUUAUAAAAGAAAGCUCAAACUCUUUACGUACAGAAACACACGGUAUAAACAAUUCAGCUAUAAAUGACGUUCUUCUCCCGUUCGUUUCUACUCAAAGCACAGCCUCAUAUAAGACGAAUUGUUAAGAAACAUUGCACAUACAUAAAGUGAGUAAAAAAAAACUCUAACCCACGAGGAAAUAGCGUCAGUCAGAGACGCGAUAGCAAUUUUUUUAUAUUAUCUACUGAACCGUCUGGGGCUUCAAUAACUGGUCAUCUGGCUUAUCUUGUUUCGCAGGUUUGGAAGCUUCUCUAAAGCAUGCCUUCUGGUAAAGAAAAGAAGCGCUCAAACCGCAUUGUGCUGAAUGUCGGAGGUGUGCGGCAUGAAACCUUCUUAAGCACACUGAAAACAAUCCCAGAUACACGUCUUUCUUAUCUUGGGGAGCAUCACACGACAGUGGCGAGAUCCCCCGAGUAUGACGCAUCGAAAGGAGAGUAUUUCUUCGAUAGGCAUCCAGGAGUCUUCGCGCAGAUAUUGAAUUUUUAUCGCACGGGAAGGCUGCAUUGUCCGUCAGAUGUCUGCGGGCCACUAUUUGAAGAAGAGUUAGGAUUUUGGGGCAUUGAUGAACAACAGGUAACGCUACUAGUAACAGUUACACUCCUCUCUUUAGUGAGAUGCAAGCACAUGCACUGGUACAAAGCGAAACGAAACUUAACACAGUUUAUGCUAGAACCCAUGUUUAUGUUGUAUUAAGGUCCCGAGCAGAUCAAAUUUUCGUUCCACAACAGAGGUGCUGAAUAAUAAUAAACCUAAAAACGAAGGUUUCAGAAACUACUUGCAUCUGUUAGAACGUAACCGUAUAAAGUUAAAAUUAAGAAACGAAAAAAACUUCAUCGAGGUCACAUAAGGUAUAAAAACAAACACGAGAGAUUUGAUAAAUAUUUUAAUAAAUGUGCUCUACCCGUGAAAUGAAAAUAUGACUGACUCACGCGCGCGCCAAUGAUUUCUGUCCAGGUUCAAUUAUUUUAUAUUCAUCGAACUUAUAUUUUUUGGCCCGAGCGUCUGUUCCUUCCCGUCGCGUUUCGACAAUAUAGCUCUUAAAAUGGUUUUGCUAACAUGUUUACAUUCAUUUCAAAGGUUGAUAAAUCGAUCUCCUUAAAAAUGAAAUGAGGUAAAGCGAUAGACAAACAUGAAAUGUUAUUUGCAGAGAAGUGAAAAAAAUUUAACUAGAAUAGCAAAAGAAUUAAGUCUACACAACGGAACGUUUUGAAAUCAGUGCCUGGAUAUAAUAGGAAAAGAUCGUCGUUUUUGCGUGUCUUUGCGGUUGGUAACAAUUGAAAAAACUUCAAUCAAAGGACAAAUACGUAUUAAGCUGACACCGAAUAAACGUUAAGGCUCGAGAAACAAAAUCUGUUCAGAAGUCAUUAAGCGGUUGCGAGUUUCUACAUUGUCUUCUACAAGUAAAUAGACACAGAAGAAAGCAUUUUAAUUUACUUUGACAAUAGCGGCUCACACGGCUGCAAAUCGACAAUUCGUCGCUUAGUGUCAGCGCGAUAAUGAUAGCUGUACACUUCGUCUUAUAACGUGCGCAAACCAAACUUGACCUAAUAAAACUUGCAUCUCUUUCAUCGUAUUUUUCAUUAUGAUUGCUAUUCUUACAGAAUUUUAACAAAGAUCCUUAAGGAGCUCCAUAAAAAAUAGUAAUCAAUUGAAAAACGCUUCUUAAAAAAUAUUCGCUUUCGGCGGCGAACAAUCUCUUUCUUGAAACAACCAACGAAUAAAAACUCCAACUUCGCCGGUUAGAAAACCAUGCGAGCUGACUAUUGUCUCAAACCAAAAAUAUACUCAUUUUGGCUGAACAUUAAUUUUGUGUUUUUUAUUCACAGAGCCAUUAAUGAAAAUGUUGUAAAAAUUGACUUUAAAAUACAAUCUAGGGAUGUAAUCUGGUUAUGCUGUAAUCCUCUUUGAUCUUUUUCGCCUUAAAGCUCGAACAACUACAGUAGCAGUCAAGAGUAAGUUAGUCAAAGCAUGGAUCAGAAUAUCUACCAUUUCGUUUCCCUUCUUCAAACCCUUUUUUAACACAGGAAUCGAUAUUUGAAUGUGCAGAUAUUAAAUGUAUGUAUUUUACAGACGAUCGAUAUUCAUAACCAACUUUAAUUUCCAAGCAAGAUAUGCUAACAUAUAAACAGGUGCUAUAUAAGAAAGCCAUUAUCUUCCUACGUUUCCGAGUGUUCACAGGUAAAAGCUUAAAACUUCAGUUAUAUUUGCUAACCUCGAAAGAAAAUCAUGUUUCAGCACAAGGCUUACAGGCUAAGACGUGAUCUCGAUUCUGAUAAGGAAUUUGCCCUAAACUGCCUGCCAUAAUAUUUAUUAUUUUGAAUUAAUCUGUUGUUUUGCAUGCAAAUCAGACUGAAGCCUAAGCAUGGCGUUAAUUUAUGAUAGGAAUUAUUGACAAGCAGUGAGAUAUAGUAAGAUAGUCAAUUUUAUCAGUAAAAAUAGAUGAAAAUUUGUUUAAUUCUUCCUUGAAUAAGCACCACAGAGAAGGAAAGAAUUGCUCAUGUGUUGUAAACACUUGCACAAAAUCCACCUUUUUCUUUAUUUGCACCAGAAUAACAGCACGAAAUCGGGAGAAAGGAAAGUUGCACUCUACAUGCGGAAGUGUUUCAUAAACACGCGCAGACACACACAAAAUAUCUAUGGUGCAUGCCCUGUGACAAAAAUAUUUCAACGCAAAACGUUCACCUGGACAAUAUUAAAGCAUGAAAACAUAAGGACAACAAACAACCUCUAUCAUUAGGGCAAAUAAUGUGGUUUUCUAAAGGAAAAGUGUAAACAUAAGGAUUUUCAAUUAUCUGUGCGAAAAAAAAACCUUGUCCAUCGAUCGAUAUCUAAUAUGAUAAGGUGUCGCUCAAGUUUGUGAUAGAAAUUUGAUGCUUAGAUGAUCACGUAUUGAGCAAGUAAACAUUCAUAAAAACAUUAGUCUCACUUACACACCUUGCUGUUCGGUCGUUUCGUUCUUCUUUCGUUUUUUCCUACUUUCAUUUACAUUCGUAUGGGCCCUUAACAGUUAAAAACUUAUAUAUCCAUUUUUGAAAACUUUAAGGAAAAGUAAAACUACUACAGGGAAUUGAAUUCCUCUCAUUAUAUAUUAAUGGCGUAUUUUGCACACAGCAGUCAAGCACUUAGAGCUGCAAAUUUAAGUAAAAUUACGCAUUAUCACAAGCGAGCGCAAAACGCGCCGGUUCAUUACAAAGCCUGAACGUUCGCAGUACAAUAAAGAGGACAUCGUAAAAAUGUUAUCUAUUGACAAAUAUGAGGCAUGGUUAACUUAAAAUCCCAUUUCGUAGAAACACAAUUUUAAUUUUAAAAAAUAACAUAUUUCGCUUUACAGGUGAUUGUUUGUAUUUUCACCGCCUAUUUGAUCGUAAGUUUCGUUUGUUAUUUUGCUGCUCACGAGAAACUUAAUCACUGGGGCUUAGCCGCGUGUAAUGAGAGCCCCCAUCAUGGCUUAAUUUUUCUAACUUCAAAUGAGACGUAAUAACAUAACCAAGGAGGGUGGUUAUAUAUUUUAAAAAGCUUGGCGUUUUUAAAGUUGUACGGUAAAACGGGCAGCAAAAAUCGUGCAACUUGUUUUGCAAGAUUGCUGCAAAGGGAGUCGAAAAUUUUGCCACCCAAAAUGACUUGAUUUGUUGCAACACAAGUAGUGAAACGUGCAACAUCGCUAUUCAACUCGUUUUUUCGGAGAUGUUGCAUAGCAAGUGGCACGUUGUGGUCUUCUGUUUUAAUCUGCCGUAAAUCAGCUUCGUUACCCACUAGCGGAAAUAUCAAAGCAUGAUUUCUAAAAGCUUCCAAAUUCAUCAGGGGCACCCAACGACAGUUUCCUGUAAAAUAACUGUUCGGAGAAGCGAAUAUUGCCUAGAAUUUUCUAUACCUUGAAGAACAAGGCCCCGUUCACACUUAGGGGCUAGAUCGAUCUCAGAUCGAUCUGGCCUUUAUACGAGCUGAAUGUAAACGUUCGCACUUUCUUGAGAUCGAUCUGGGAUCGAUCCAACCUGGAUCGCUUCAGGAGGUGGUCUGAGAUCGGUCCAAGAUCGAUCUACAUUGUUCCGGGCUGAGUGAGAACGCAAACACGCCCUGAAAGCGAUCCAGCUUAGUAGCCUUCCCUCAUUGAGAGUCACUUAAGCCAAUCGCACGUGAGGAGUAUUGGUUUUGCAAGUUGCAAAAAAAAAGUCCGCAAAAAAGGAGAACGGUGGAGACAAGAGCUCUUAUUGCUGCUUGGGAUAAACGUCGGACUCACAAUAAAAUAGACAAAAGUCACCGAAACCCAGACGUUUAUGCGGACAUUGCAAAAGCUGUGAAGAAACAGGGGCUUUCCUGAACGUGACUGGAAGCAGUGCUGAAAAAAGUCCGCGAAACAUCUAAAAGCUUUAACUAUUGACUAUUUUCCAAUUCCCCAUAAUACACUCUGUCUGCCCCCCAAAUUUUGCAUAACUUAUUGUCUUGGGAAAAUGCAAUACUCCCAGGAGCAUUUAAAAACAAUGGUUUAUGCAAAAUUUGGGGGGCAAACAGAGUGUAUUAUGGGGAAUUGGAAAAUAGAGNUCACACUUAGGGGCUAGAUCGAUCUCAGAUCGAUCUGGCCUUUAUACGAGCUGAAUGUAAACGUUCGCACUUUCUUGAGAUCGAUCUGGGAUCGAUCCAACCUGGAUCGCUUCAGGAGGUGGUCUGAGAUCGGUCCAAGAUCGAUCUACAUUGUUCCGGGCUGAGUGAGAACGCAAACACGCCCUGAAAGCGAUCCAGCUUAGUAGCCUUCCCUCAUUGAGAGUCACUUAAGCCAAUCGCACGUGAGGAGUAUUGGUUUUGCAAGUUGCAAAAAAAAAGUCCGCAAAAAAGGAGAACGGUGGAGACAAGAGCUCUUAUUGCUGCUUGGGAUAAACGUCGGACUCACAAUAAAAUAGACAAAAGUCACCGAAACCCAGACGUUUAUGCGGACAUUGCAAAAGCUGUGAAGAAACAGGGGCUUUCCUGAACGUGACUGGAAGCAGUGCUGAAAAAAGUCCGCGAAACAUCUAAAAGCUUUAACUAUUGACUAUUUUCCAAUUCCCCAUAAUACACUCUGUCUGCCCCCCAAAUUUUGCAUAACUUAUUGUCUUGGGAAAAUGCAAUACUCCCAGGAGCAUUUAAAAACAAUGGUUUAUGCAAAAUUUGGGGGGCAAACAGAGUGUAUUAUGGGGAAUUGGAAAAUAGAGAAUCAAACUCGGAUUUUCGUCUCUUUUUCUCAACUAAGUGGCCACAAAUCGACGGCAAUGAUGAAGAACUUUCUCUAAUUUUUGGAAUUGAGCUUCUAGCCACUAAAACCCAACGGCAAAAGCUAGAGGAUGCUUCGCAAAUAAUAGAGCCUGAGUCGUUGAAAAGACUUCUGACAUUCAGCUGCAAAAAGACCACAAAUUGGUCUGUGUUGACGAGGAAAAAUCCAAUUUGUAUAAAGCGUCCUCUGUUUUUAACGUUUGUUUAUCCUUUUGAAAACAAGUUAAUUAUAAAGUAGUAGCAAAAAAUCAUGCACUUUUUUUAUAACCGAACAAUCCGGCUGAGCCAGGAAACGUUUUCUUGCAACAACGUGCAAGAAGACAUAAAUUUAUAAGUCACAAGAACAACUGCUGCCAGGUCCCCUCGAGAAGCCUUAAUGACCUGGCAGUACAUGUAAGACUGCUUGUUCGUAAAUGAAUAUAACGAAGGAUGACAGCUGUCUUCGCUAAAAAGUUUUCUGGAUUUCGCCUGCCGGGCCUUAACAUAAACAUCUUUUCAACGAAUCCAAACCAUGUUCCCGUCCAUGCCUUUACGAACAUUUGAGUAUUUAAGAUUCUUUUACCUUUGUUUCUGCUUAGCUCCCGCUGCAUUGUUCGUUAACGAAUAAAUAAGCAAAUUUUCACUGUCAGUUUUAGAAAAAAAAUUUCUUUCAAACUAGACUAUCGUGGCGUGUUUGUAACCAGCGAACAGAAGCGCUUGUUUUUCUGUGCCGUGCGUUCCGAGAAUUAAAUUAACGAUCAACAAGCACUGAAGUGUUUUUCUUGGCUAUGUGGUGCACUUGGGAAACUUGGAGAGCACUCAAGAAGCUAGAGCCGCUCAAGGCGUAACUCUUAAGCUUCUUUCGUGCUCUCCAAACUUUCUGCAUGCAUCCAUAACUCGAUAUACGCUCGCUAAACAUGAACCGAUUCUUAUUUAAAAAAAAAUAUUCUGUCACACAACCCAUCUCACCCGAAGCCAGAGGGUAAACAAACUGCUUAGUCCUCCCUAGUUAGGAAUAAUUUGUCUUAUUAGAAGGCGUCAGUGUGAACAGGUCCUCAUGCGAUCUCAGAACCGAUCUCAGAACCUAUCUGAGAUCGAUCUCGUUUUUAAGCGAUCUCAGUAUGAACGGGGCUAAGAGUUUCUAGAUGACCGUUCCAUUCAAGUACAAUUUUCGAUGCGUAUCUAAUAAAUCCCCUAAGAUUUUCUGAAGUCUAAUUUUUUGCUUGUCACUUCCCUCAUUGAGCUAUUUUUCGCAGAAAAAGGAAACUUAAAAAUUUUCGGAUUCGAAAAUGCGAUGGAAAGAGGAAUCAGAAAAAAUUAUCACUUUCGUAAAACUUUAAAUUGGAUCUAAAAUUUUCGGGGAAAUACUACUGAAGCCCGAAUGAAGCCUGAUGACCGAACAGAUAUAAAUUUUAUAGCGCGGAUAAGAAUGUAUUUCUAAAGAUCUAAAAGUACUCUGGACAGACUAAAAAGUGUUUUCAAUGUAUAUAGGAGGAAACCGUGGUUGAGUGCCCCUGAAUUAUACCGUGAAAUCAACCGGUGAUUGUUGAAAAGCAAAUCAAGUGCCAUCAUUCAUUCUCAAGGGAUAUUCGUGUUCUUUCAAUAGGUAGAAACCUGCUGUUGGGAAAAUUACAAGCAACACAAAGAAAAGCAGGAGAAACUAAAAUAUUUCAAACUUCCUGGUUACGAAGAGGACUCAGACGACGACUUCCAGUCCAGGGAUUCAGGACUUUUUGAGGACGUAGACGAGGGACCAUCUUGGUGGUCUCGGUAUCAACCCAGAGUUUGGAAGAGNUAAAUUUUAUAGCGCGGAUAAGAAUGUAUUUCUAAAGAUCUAAAAGUACUCUGGACAGACUAAAAAGUGUUUUCAAUGUAUAUAGGAGGAAACCGUGGUUGAGUGCCCCUGAAUUAUACCGUGAAAUCAACCGGUGAUUGUUGAAAAGCAAAUCAAGUGCCAUCAUUCAUUCUCAAGGGAUAUUCGUGUUCUUUCAAUAGGUAGAAACCUGCUGUUGGGAAAAUUACAAGCAACACAAAGAAAAGCAGGAGAAACUAAAAUAUUUCAAACUUCCUGGUUACGAAGAGGACUCAGACGACGACUUCCAGUCCAGGGAUUCAGGACUUUUUGAGGACGUAGACGAGGGACCAUCUUGGUGGUCUCGGUAUCAACCCAGAGUUUGGAAGAGCCUUGAGGAGCCUUACACAUCAUUCUGGGCAAAGGUAAGAUUGAAAAUUCAACAGUCUGAUCACUCACUUGGUGUGUAUUAGCCCUGCAAGCUGAUUGUAUUAUUUCAAUAAGUCGAUACAAUCCGGCUUCAAGUAUCAUAAUUGAAACUGAGGCUACUGAGUCUGCGGGUAAAACAUAAUGUAAAUCGUCUUUUCAAGAAGCAGUAGAAGCCAAUUUCUUAUGAUUCUAGCUACUCUUUUUACCAUUUUACAGAAUUUAAAUUGGCAUGUUACACCAUAAAUUUUGUUAUGGAGGAAUAUGGUACUAAAAGGCUAAAAAAAAAAGAAUUGUAUUACAGCGCAUAUGGUUAAGCCAAAUGCCUUAAAUUUUCUUCUUUUUUUUCUUUUCAGUUGGUGGGAAUCAUUUCACUUGUCGUCUUCACUGCCUAUAUAAUCAAAUUCGCUUUAUCAACACUGGACCAUUUUAGUGACAAAACUGCGCCUAGAUACAUCGCCCUAUUAGUUAUUCAUCUCAUCUGUGUAUCAUGGUUCACUAUGGACUUUGCUCUCAGGCUCCUAUUCUCGCCCGAGAAAAAAGCUUUCUUCAAGAAUCCCUACACUUGGACCGACCUCGUACCGUUAGUUUUAUUAUACGUGCUAUUUUUCUACCCGUCCCUAGAGAAAGUCCGUUUUUUGGAGAUGCUGGUCAUGCUCAAAGCAGCACGAAUUUUUCAGAUCUUCAAACUGUCGUAUGUUCUCCAGGUUCUUGUGAACACACUAAAAGCGAGCUCCAGCGAGCUUUGCCUGUUGUUAAUAAUCAUGGCAUUUGUUAUGGUAGUAUUUGCCUCGUUUGUAUAUUUUUUGGAAAAGGAUGAGUUUGCAAGUGACUUCAAAAGCGUCCCCGAGAGCAUGUGGUGGGCAGUCAUCACAAUGACAACGGUAAGCAUUAAAAGCAUUCCUUCAUAUAAUCGAAUAUGUCACAAUUUCCCGAGAGUUUUUCGUUGGCUCAUUGGAAUUCUAAAAGAAAUAUCAUCAAAACCAUAAACCGCCACGCCUUUGAGACAUUCCACGCGGGUCGUAACUGGGACACCCCUCAUUAUAGCGUACGAGGAUACACAAUGACCUUCGUUAUCACCAGGCAAGUUACCUGGUGUUCCUAAUUGAACGUUUUUCUGUUUUAUUGUUAGUUUACGGACGUGUGGGGAACAAGGCCUAAGUUAGUCUUCACGGACUCGGACCUCCCUUUUGUUUUUUGUUUUUUACAUGCGCCUUUGUCCUUGCGUUGUGAAUUCUUGUAGUUUGUUUAUCAUGUUUAUAUUUCGCAAAUAGAGCCGAAUUAUGCAAUAAUUCGUUUGAAACAUGGUCCCUCAGUAGCCAGAUAUACGGUGUCGGUGAGUAUUUAAAGAUACCACCGGAGAAUUGAGAAUUGAACCUCCGUUUGUGGUGAAGCAUUUGGUCAAAUUGGUCUUGGAAGUGCGGCGAUUGGCGCCAUCAUCUCUCGUGAACUUUGCAGAAAUUUUGGAGUGUUGUAAGGAACCAAACUGUCAUUCAAGGUUAGUGAAGAUUGUGUAUCAAAUUGGUGAAUGACCUGGGGGCUAUUAAGAAGAAAAGACGUUUUCUUAGAAAGUCUGUGGCGGACACUUUAAAGUCUAUCGACGAAACUCUGUCUCCCGAAACUCUGUCUCCCCGAUAACCAUGCUGGAAUUCAGGUUUUAAAAGACAACAUUGCAAAUAAAUGGAACGAUCUUCAAGAAGAAAAGGCCUCGGUGUGUACUCUAUUAGAGGAGAAAGGGAUUGAUGAAGAAUGUGAGAGUCCUAACGAGUACGAAUUGCAUGCCAUUGAAUACACGGAGAAAAUGAUGCAUUACUUAGAAAGCAAACAUGUCGGUAAGGAAAACGCGGGAAGUAAUUCAACUGCAGCCCAAGCGCCGUUUUCGUUAUGCCCCAAGGUACAAGUGAAGCUUCCAAAGAUUGAUCUGCCAACCUUAGAUGGGGAUGUCUUAUGCUGGCAGUCUUAUUAUCAGUCAAUUAAACUCUUAGUGGUGGAUAAUCCAUCUUAAGCUGAUGUUCAGGAAUUAGAAUACCUAAUGAGAUGAUUGAAAAGUUCGGCCGCCAAAGCGGUUAAAGGGUUUGCAAUCAUACAAGAGAAUUAUCAGCCAGUAUUGGAGUCUCUGAAGGAACGAUUUGGCCAUCCGCGGUUGAUUCUUGUUUCACACAUGAUGUCCCUAAUCCAUUUGUCACGUUCAAAUUCAUUUGUCAUUUGUCAUUUGUCCGUUCACAUUUGAAUUAUGAAGAUGCAUUGUCCAUGCGCAAAUUUUAUGAUCAAGUGGUUGGGUAUGUUCGUUCUGCUGAAUCAAUCUGCGAGAAGUUAAGUUCCGAGACUUUAGGGCCUGUUCUUGUACCUUUCAUUGUUGACAAGCUACCGAAAGGGGUUGUGGAGAAGUGGGAAUUAGAAAUUGGUGACCAUAAAGAGGACCAUGUGAAAGUGAAAACAUUGUUUGCCUUCUUAGAAGAGUCAAUAAGAGCUAAGGAGUCUUCCCAGCCUCCCUCUCUUGAAUCAAAGUCCCCUGCACAGGAAAACAGUUGGCCAUUCUAAAUCUAACCUUCACGAAGGUACUCUACCUCUGCCUUGUGCGCGACGACUUAAGGGCGUGAGAGCAUUGUUUUUGGUAAAACCACUGGGUGUGGUCGUGCGUCAGUUUCCUGUCAUUGCCAGUCAAAGAAAGAUUUAGAAAAGUGGUAUCCAAAGGCCUGUGUUUUCGGUGCCUUGAAACUGGUCACAGAGCUGAAGUUUGUCAAAAACCACUCUGUAAAUAUGGCCGUGGUAAACAUCACAGUCUCCUGCACUUGGAACCAGUCAAGUCUCAGCCAGAAGAAGCCAGGUCAAAAUCCUCUCAAUCAAGAUCCUCAUCUGCAGCUCCUCCCUCUUUGUCUUCCAUAGUAGCAAGUUCCAUUGCGGUCAACUCACGUGGAAAGGUGAUCCUGCAGACUGUUCCUGCUGUUUUUUGUGGAUCCAAUGGUUGCAAAAAAGUUGUCAGAUGUUUCUUUGAUCCCGGUUCCCAAACGUCCUUUGUCAAACCGAGUGUGGUUGAAGACCUUGGCCUUGACGGGAAGACUGUGGGAAUCGCAGUCUCAGGUUUUGGAAGAAAAUCUGCUAAGGACACUUUGCGAAAGAGAAUUUCCUUUACUUUUCCUUCCAUAUCAUGCUGUUAUCAGAGAAGAUAGCAGACAACUAAAACAAGGGUUGUAUUUGAUGCAUCUGCGAGAGAUUUCAAUUGUGUCUCUAAACAGCUGCUCAGAAGUGGACCCUGCAUUACACCCAGAUUUGGUCUGAAUUCUUCUGCGCUUCAAAAAAAUCAGUUUGGGCUAAUGGGUGAUAUUGAAAAGAUGUUCUUGAAGAUUAGCUUGAAAGAAGAAGAUGGGGACCGCAUCGUUACCUGUGGAGAGAUUCGGACCCCGAUGCCACACCUAAGAUUUAUCGAAUGACAAGAGUUACGUUUGGAGUUAUUUCUAGUCCAUUCCUUGCCUUCUGCGCUACACAGGAGCAUGCAAGGACACGUAAAGAAACAUUCCCUGAAGCAUCAGAUGAAAUCCCGAGGAACACUUAUGUUGACGACUUUGCCUCAGGGAGAGAUACUGUACGUGAAGCCGCGAGAUUACAGCGAAGUUCAAAGCAGCUUAUGGAACAAGCAGCUUUCAAUUUGACAAAAUGGUCCAGUGAUUCGCCUGAGGUUAUGCAAGCCAUCCCAGAGAAAGAUGGUGCAUCAGAUAGUUUGAUCAGAUUGGAGAGUAACCUACCGGGAAUGCAUCCAUUUACGAAAGCUUUGGGUCUAAAGUGGAAUACGAGAACAGACAGCUUUGUCUUUAUGAUUGAAUUGGACUCUGAAAUUGAAAUCAGAGACAUUGUAACCUAGAGAGAGCAAGCUUCUUUAGCAGCGAAGAUCUUCGAUCCAAUUGGUCUCAUCUCGCGUUUUACAGUAAGGUCAAAACUUUAACUUCAGAGCGCUGUCGACCCAGGGUGUUGGUUGGGAUGAUGAGCUACUCUAGGAAAGUGGGUUCAGUGGGUUCAAGAGCUUUCAGAGCUUGAACAGCUUCACAUUCCAAGAAGUUACAUUGACUGGCCUUUAAGCCAGCUUGCAAAGGUGGAGUUACACGCAUUUGGUGAUGCAUCAGAAGUUGCGUAUGCCACCGCCAUCUAUAUUAGAAUUGUUCCUAAAGAAGGGAAGGCGUCUACAAGUGUUGUGAUGUCUAACACAAGAGUUGUUCUUCUUCGAAAGAUUACUCUCCCUCGCUAAGAGCUAAUGGCUGCAGUGAUAACUGGUCGACUGUGAAUCUAUGAUAAAGAUGCAAUCGACUGUCCUAUUAGCUGCAUUGUCUGUUGGACAGACAAUUCUUCCACCUUGCACUGGAUCAGAGGAUCAGCCUCACAGUGGAAACCAUUUGUUGCUAACCGUGUCAUUGAGAUUCAGUCACUGAUGGAUCAUAGUGUUAGAGGAGAUAUUGCCCAUGGCCGCAUAAUCCAGCGGAUCUACCUACCCGAGGCUUAUCUGUCAGUAAGCUUGGAAAGAGUCGGUUGUGGUGGAAAGGGCCCUCUUAGUUGCAAGAGGUAGAAAAGGAUUGACCAACGGAUUUAAGAUCAAAGUCUCCAAAUGAAGCAGUCAAAGUGGAGAGGAAGAGUAAAGCUAUUGUCAGCUGUGUUGUCCAAACCAGAGAACCGUUUAUUGACUACACCAGGUUCAGCAGAUACAGUCGAUUGUUAAGAACUGUCGCAUGGAUCAAAAGAUUCAUUCCCAACUCGAUGAGUUGAAAGAAGAGAGACUUUCAACUCCUUUAACUGGAUUAGAAAUACGAGAGGGAGAAGAGUGGCUUAUAGCCCAUGUACAGAACACAAGUUUUCACGAACUAGCUUCGUUGGCUAGGCAUGGUGGUCCCUUGAAGGACAGUAAGCUGGCAAAUUUAAAUCCAUUUCUGUGCCCUACUAGUGGCUUACUUCGCGUUGGAGGAAGAACUCAUAAGUCUUCAUUACCGGAAGGGAAGUAGCAUCCCAUUAUCUUGCCUUCCAACCAUCCUGUUGUGAAGCUCCUAACUGAAGAUGUUCACUGCCGUGAACUCCAUGCUGGCGUCGAGUAUACUUUAUCAGUCCUACGACAGAAAUUUUGGUUGAUCAAAGGAAGAUCAGCAGUCCGCAAAACAGUAAAGAACUGCCUAGUUUGUUGCCAUUAUCACACAAAGCCGUUUAUGCAGCAGAGGGUACCCCUUCCUGAAGACAGGAUCAAGCCUGCACCGCCAUUUACCAAUGUUGCUUUGGACUUGCUGGUCCAUUGUAUUUAAAAGACAGAGGUGAAAAGGCUUACAUCUGUCUAUUUACCAGCGCAGUUACCCGUGCAAUACACCUGGAGUUAGUAAGCAACAUGACUGUUGAGCUAUUUCUCCUUGCCUUGACACGAAUGGUGGCAAGAAGAGAAAUAAGCAGUAUUAUUUGCUCAGAUAAUGCAAAAUGUAAGUUCUCACGACUCUUUUUAGACGUCGUUACAACCUCUCAUGAACUUCGACUGUUUUGAGUUCAGCACAACAGACUUUCUUCUAAGUCACCUUCAAAUAGUACUUCUCUACCCACCCCACCCAAAAUUGACCAUCUUAUGAACAGUGUCAAGACACCCCUAAAGAAAAUCUUUGAACAGCUGACAACCAUUUUAGCUGGGAUUGAGGCACGCUGAACAGUCGUCCUCUUACUUGCCUAAGUGCAGACCCUGGUGACUACAGCGUGAUUACUCCAGCUUAGAUUCUCAUUGGGAGAAAUCUUUAAGCGUCCCCAGCUAAAGACACCCAUGUUACGGAACACACUUCUAGAACUAUCACCAAGUGUUCAGUAUCAACGACGACUUGUCAAUUGAUUUUGGAAGCGUUGGCAUACUGAGUACCUGAAGUCUUUGACACCCCUCAAAAAAUGGUUUACGGUUGGUCGCGAGAUACUUGGUGAAAAAGGUGACUUGGUCCUUGUUAGCGAAGAUCACUUAGCUCGGGGUCAGUGGCAACGUGCGCGCGUGGAUUCCAACCAUCCAGGUCGUGAUGGUCUUAUCCGGUUACACCUUUUUGACGCCUGUGAUGCUUAUCUUGCUGCUGAAUUUGACUGAACUAACAAAGAAAUAUUGACAAAUAUUGAGCUUGAUGAGAACAUUAUUGAUCAAUUUGUUGAUGCACUCCAUGCAUCUGGCGGGAGGAUGUUCCGCUCUGAGAGUUUUUUCUGUUUCAUUGUUAGUUUACGGACGUGUGGGAACUAAGCCCCAUGUUAGUCUUCAGGGACUCGCACCCCCCUUUUGGUUUUUUUACAUGUGCUUUUACCCUUGCGUUGUGAAUUCUUGUAGUUUGUUGAUCAUGUUUAUAUUUCACAAAUAGAGCCGAUUUAUGCAAUAAUUAAACUCGAAAAGCUUGUAAAUCACUUGCCUUCGGCUCGUGAUUUACAAGCUUUUCUCGUGUUCUCCCAACAUCCCGCGUGGGUUAUCACGCCGGUAAACCCACAGAAAGUGUGUUCUACUGCUUUUAUAAAAUAGUUUUAAGUUUUCUAUGAGUUUACCGGCACAAUAAACCAUAGGUUUUUAACCAAUCAGAACGCGCGUACUAUCGUAGUUAUUUUAUAAAUCGUUUGAAACACCUGGGAGCCAGAUAAGUGUAACUUUCAUUAGGGUUAACGGUUCAACUUCAUUCAUAAACAACUGGUCCACAGAUGGAGUAACAUGAUGAUCUCAACUGAAACCAACAGUAAUCCAGCCUUUACUGUUCCUUCAGAUAUAGCAUUUCGCUUUCCACAAUAACGGAAAAAUUGCCGCCUGGGCUAAUGUAGCAGGUUAAUGACGUGCGAAAUAAAAGCUCAAUCAUUUUUCUUACAAAUUGUUUUGGCAUUUGACGCCUACAGUGACAAAAAACUGAUGCAAUUAUUACCAUAGGUUGGAUAUGGUGAGGUUCAUCCUCGUACAUGGAUUGGAAAGACCGUUGGCAGCGCAUGCGCUGUUUGUGGAGUGCUUGUCAUUGCUUUACCAGUGUCCGUGGUCGCCAGUAACUUCUCCCUCUACUACACAUACGCCAAAGCGAGGCUCAACUUGCCCCCCAAGAAGAGGCGGGUGGCUUUUUCCCAUGCUCUCACGUCCAUGAACACUCAAAGAACACAGUGUGCCAAAGAAGAUGAAGUUUAUGAGUACAAAUUUAUGUCUCUGUGCAGCGAGAGACAGACAGAUCGUAGUUAUCCUGCCUCGGAGGUCUCUAUAAGCUGCACUAUGACUCCAAGAGGCAGUCUGAAGAAGUCCUCCUUCUUGUCUUUGCGUUCAAUGUCGAGGAUGCUUAGACCUUUGAAGCGAUCCACUGCAAGUCGCAGUAAGUCCUUAAAUUCGGUGUUUUCGGAUCACCAGCCUCAGAGGGAAAGGUCAACAGACAGGAUAACGCUAAAGUUUGAUCCACCAUCUAAAUCUCCAUCAGCCAUCGACAUAGCAAGAGACCAAAGAGAAGGUAAGAUCUUGAAUGAUAAGUGUUAGUCAGAAAGGGUAUGGUUCUGCUCCGGUCCGUGAUAUUGAACAAUUCUCUGGUGUUACAGACAGGCCGAGAAAUUAGAAGAGCCCCCAGAAAUGAAAUGAAACAACACCUUACCUAUUUGUCGAAAUAGAUACCUACAAUCGAUCCCGGUCAUAAUUGUUAAAGGACUGCUAAUUCUUGCCCUCCUUCUCCUUCGAUGUGAUGUUCAGGGCCAGGAGAGGGAAGCGAUACAUGUAUUCGUGAAACCAGUUAGUUAUGUUGUGUUUUCCGGAAGUAUUUCAACAAAUUAUGACCUGGACUGUAGCCGAAUUUGCGAGUUCAGAUCGUAGGUCCACAACAUUUUGGUCGGGUGUUCAGUUUUUUUAUGUCUAUACUUUUAUGGCUGCUUUAUAAAACGGUUCACUCUUUGGGGUUUCACUGCCAGAGAAAAAUGUCACAGGCGCCACGGAAUUGACCUUUUAACACUUUUAACCCAUUUGCCCCUGAACCGCCCGUAACCGCCCGUGACGAUCCACGUCCUUUCUACCCCUUGUGACGUCAUCAGUUUUAACGGUCAAGGACAACUUUGUCCGCUAACUUGUGCAGAGUGAAGAGAUCUUUCAAACCAUACCAGAAUGAGCACAAUUCAGUCAAGGACACCGGAGAAAGAGGCAAAAAACCCUGUAACAUUGACCUCAAAAUCCCCAUGAAAAUCUUGUUCCAUUGCCCACCUACCUUUCAUUUCACCUAAUCCUAAGAUCCUAAAAGCUUUCCUAAAAACUCUUCCCACCAAAAUGAAGCCUACUAAAUGCCCAGCAAGAGAAAAAAAAUGAGGCAAGAAAAGUGAAAAAAGAGGGGAGGAGAGAAAGCGAAAAGUAAAAGUCAAGACUGCUGGGUCACUUUUAAACAAAAAAAACAAAUUUUGCUUUCUGCGCAUGCCCGAACUUCGCAAGCUGAUAUUUUGCAUCUGGAUCAGAAGGCUGUUAAGUGUAUGACCUGUAAACCGGUUUGUGGUAAGUUUUAGCUCUGUAGAGCACGACAGUGACCAGAAAACCACUCGACCAGCUUCAAAACGCGUUUCUCGGCAAAAUCUCCACGAGCGAAUGGGUUAAACAUAAAUUGUUUAAAUCCUUCAAUUCUUCAGUUUUGCCUCUCUUUUGCACUAAUUACUUUCACAUCAGCCCGUAAAUGCCCUCCUAUAACCUUCCGAACGUGAUCUUAACAGAUUGCUAUUACUUGACAGGUCCUCAAACGACAGGAGAAAAUGCAUUUCUUUAUGUUCCUGGAGAAGACAAAGGCGAGUCAAAGAAGGAAACCCACAGGACCCCAUUAUUAAAUAAAUCACUCUACCCACUUCACCUCCGACGGGGAGCCGUGUCACCAGCGUCUUUUAGCCUCAAAAGCGCGUCUACGGCGUCCAGUCUGAAUGCUUUACCGCGGGGAUACAACGAACUUUGUAAUGCUCUGAGUGGCAAAGGACCCAUAAUCCUUCUUUCAGACCAGGCCAGCGUACAAAGUCUUUGCUCGUUAAAUUCUCGCAUGACGUGUUCGUGUUCAAGUUUGAGGAACCCAGGAAGUGAUGGAACACAAGGGACAACCGCAAAUGCAGAUGGGAUUGGUGGAACCCUUAUACAGACAGAGAGCGAUGGGAAUUUUACAAGCAGCCUUCCACAAGUGACUUUAAGCGUGCCUGUAGAGUACCAUGGGAAGAGAAGAGAUAGUAAUGGAUAUGACGGUCUUUCUGCAGUGUUUCGCGGGAAAUCUUCAAACGACAUCUCUGAGAAGAAUCUUGAGACAAGCGAAAACUUAAAUACAUCAACCGGCUUUCCACAAGAAGGAAGUGAAGAAGGGGAAAAUUUAAGUAAAAGUGACCCUAAUAUCGAAAGUGCAAAUAGUUUGUCCGGAAUGGUACGUAAUGCAGACGACACGCAAAGGGAAAUGACAUCACCUACCAGCUCGAGUAACGACUGUCUUGAAACAAGUGCAAAGACAUUAAACUUUCAAAAUUACAACGGAACGGAGAAUUCAGCUCAUAACGUUUUGCCAAAUGAUAACGGUUUGAAUGAGGUAGGAACUAAGUUACCAGUUACACCAGUGCCAGUUGUUUGUCGAGCUGUUUCUGCUUAUUCCAUUAUGGAAUACAGCCUUGCUAGAAACGCGUUGCCAAGCAACUGCCAAGGUCCAGCAGGCUGUAAAGACUUGUGUGACGAUGACCAAGAAUCAAAAACACCCAAGCGGCGGCACAGUGCAUUCACGCCUUGCAAUGCUUCUACAACUUCCAAAGUAAUACAAGAACAACGUGGUCGAUUGAGUACAGGUUGUAUGAAGGAACGUGUGGCCGAAUGCCAGCCGCUGAUCAACGAUAAUGAAGUAGAAGCGUGCACAAACGGAGAGUUUGACAAAGACGAGGAGUUGGGAGACGCCCUUGAUGUUAAUAAUCAACAAUUUAUCCAGGGAGGUAAAAGGUCGCGGAAAAUCGGUGUUAGUGCUGGUUACUCACCUGUAAAUGUGACUCAAAGAACUAAUCCUUCAUCAGAGGACUUAACAGAAACACGGCCUAAGAACCACUGGGGUGAAGAUAUUAUCUAUCCAUGCUCAUCGAACGGGUAUCUUCCUUGCGCAACCGCGCAAUAUGAACAGAUCCCUCAGUUAGAAAGAACGUCUCGAGUUUAA